AUGAAUUAUGAGAAAGGUUAUGAUUUUGUCAUGGUGACGACUGGGUUCGUAGAUGUGGAGUAUCCAUGGGAUUCGACUUCUACGUCUACACUGGAAGGGAAAUGGGCGAAGGAGAAGUCAGAAAGAUGGUUGGUCAUUAGAGAAGCUCCAUAUACCACAUUUGCAAAAGACGCAACCGGAGCUCCGGCGGUCACAUACUACGACUACAUAGUGAUCGGAGGUGGAACUUCCGGCUGUGCAUUAGCGGCGACACUUUCACAAGGCGCAAAAGUUCUAGUCCUCGAAAGAGGUGACUUGCCAUACGGCAUCCCCACCGUCACCACCAUAAAUGGCUUCAUCGACACACUCGCUAAUCUCUCUCCGACGUCAGCCUCCCAGACUUUUAUAUCCACCGACGGCGUCGUCAACCAAAGGGGCCGCGUUUUGGGCGGUGGGUCCGCCCUGAACGCCGGCUUCUUCACUUGGGCGAGUGCCGAUUUCAUCAAGCAAGCAGGGUGGGAUCCAAAACUGGUGAAAGAAUCGUACGAGUGGGUGGGAAAGAAGGUGGCGUUUGAGCCAAAGGUGUUGGCAUGGCAGUCGGCGGUGAGAGAAGGGUUGUUGGAGGCCGGAAUAUCGCCGAAUAAUGGGUUUUCUUAUGAACACAUAUAUGGGACUAAAGUUGGCGGCAGCAUUUUCGAUCGGAACGGCAAGAGACACACCGCUGCAGAUUUGUUAGAGUACGCUGAUCCAAGCAACAUUACUGUCUACUUAAAUGCGACGGUGCACCGGAUAUUGUUCGAAACCGAUGAACGAAGAGCUCAAGGAGUGUUGUACAAGGAUAUGGAAGGCAAAAGACACGUGGCGCUUUUAAACAAAGGGUCUUCGAAAAAUGAAGUUAUAUUAUCAGCUGGAACACUUGGGAGCCCACAGUUGCUGAUGCUGAGUGGUAUUGGGCCUUCCAAACAUCUGAAGGCCCAUAAAAUCGAGGUGGUUUUGGAUCAGCCCAUGGUUGGACAGGGCUUAUCCGAUAACCCAAUGACUCUGGUUAUCCUCCCUUCCGCCCUACCCGUAGAGAUUUCUCUCAUUGAGGUCGUGGGUAUUACCCGAUUCGGGAGCUUCAUUGAAUCCGCCAGCACCCAUAUUAACUGGCCAUGGGUCGAUAAAAUCGGCUCCGGUUUUGGACUUUUUACGAACCAGACCAAGGAUUUGGACAAGAUAAGAUCUAUUAUUGCACGUCGCUUCCACAACGAUCCAUCAGGACUUAAUUUCGGAGUCAUCCUUCAAAAGAUAAUGGGUCCACUUUCUUCCGGGACUCUGGAGUUAGAAACGACAAAUCCGGACGAUAAUCCAAAAGUCACAUUUAACUACUUCAAAGACCCUAGAGACCUCCAAAGAUGUGUUCAAGGCAUGGACACCAUCAUAAAGGUCUUGGAAUCAAAAGCAAUGUCUCAAUAUCGAGACCCUUUAUUGCCGAUUCAAGACCUGCUCGAUCUGAUCGUUGCUUUACCGCUCAAUUUGAAACUUAGACACGUCAAUACUGCAAUUGACCUAGAACAGUAUUGCAAGGACACUGUCCAGUCUAUAUGGCAUUACCAUGGAGGAUGUCAAGUUGAUAGAGUAAUUGAUCACAACUAUAAAGUCAUCGGUGUUGGUGCGCUGCGUGUUAUCGACAGUUCAACUCUUUUGUAUUCUCCAGGAACAAAUCCACAAGCUACUAUGAUGAUGCUCGGAAGGUAUAUGGGACAAAAGAUACUAAGAGAGAGAUUGACAUUGGAUGGAAGUAAAAAAUGA